UUGUCUUUUAUGUGUAUUAUCUGUGUGUAUUAUCUUCUGUGGAUUGUUUUGUAAUUUGUUGUAAGUUAUAAAUUCCUUGGUUUUAUUAUUAUUAAAUAAACUUUAUUAAACAUGUCAAAAGCGUGUAUUGUAUGUGGAUCUAAAUAUAAAAAAGACACUAUUUUAUCUUUUCAUCGGUUCCCCAAAGGUCCGGAAAUACGUAAGAAAUGGUUGGAUGCCAUAGGAAUAGAAGAUAUUAAUGUUGGCCCUACAACUUUUGUCUGUUCCAAACAUUUUAGAAUUGUAGACUUUGCUGAUAAUAUGUAUCAUUGGCCAAAAAAGAUGCUUCUGCCUCACGCUUUUCCUCAACCCAGUGCUUGUUAUAAAAUACAGAAAAAGAAUCUAGGCUCAUUAGAAAAAUCAGAAUCAAUUGAAGACACUUUUAAACAAAGUUCUGGUUCGGAUGUGGAAUCUUAUGAGUCUCCUUCAAGUACGAGCACUGAUCCUCUUGUCAAAGAGGAAUAUGAUUUAACAAUAGAGGAACCAACAAUAAGUGAGGAUAUAAUGCCAACAGUUAUUACUAUCUGUACAGAACCAUGCACUAGUAAUGGCACUUAUACAAAUUCAUUCAUGCAACGUGAUUAUAAACGUGAUUUCAAGGCCACUCCAGAGCACUGGAAAUUAGUAGUAGAAUAUUUAGAGAAAUAUCCCAUCUUAUUAAAAUCAAAAUUCGAAAAAUAUUUCGAUGGUGAUCGCGCAGAUGAAGAGGUAAUAUGGAAUGAGUUAGUGAAUAAACUAAAUUCGUUGGGAAUGGGAACGAGAUCAGGAGAGAAGUGGCAACAAACUAUUGGGCGGUGGAAAUCAAAAAUCAAAGCUAAAGCUGCUGCAUUGUGGUUGGAAAUGGAGAGGAGUGGGGAUAACCCGGUUCAGUCUCCACCUCUAACUGAUACAGAAGAAAAACUCCUAAAUUUAUUAGAUUGGAAGUCAGUGACGGAGGAGUCUGUAAACAUGGAAUUAAGACCGUUUCAGGCUGAAGAGCGUGAUUUCAAAACCACUCCAGAGCACUGGAAAUUAGUAGUACAAUAUUUAGAGCAAUAUCCCAUCCUAUUAAAAUCAAAAUUCGAAAAAAAUUUUGAUCGUAAUCGCGCAGAUCAAAAGGCAAUAUGGAAUAAGUUGGUGGAUCAUCUAAAUUCGUUGGGAAUGGGAACGAGAUCAGGGGAAAAGUGGCAACAAGCUAUUGGACGCUGGAAAUCUAAAAUUAAAGCCAAAGCUGCUGCAUUUUGGUUGGAAGUGAAGAGGAGUGGGGAUAAUCUGGUGCAAUCUCCACCUCUAACUGAUACAGAAGAAAAACUUCUACGUUUAUUAGGCUGGAAGUCGAUGACGGAUAAUGAAAACACGGAAUUAAGAAUAAAUAUAGGUGCAAAUGCAUUAGCUACACCUGCCAGUUUCAAACUAGAAGAACCUCGGCAAAGCUACUUAGGUAAAGGUAAAAGAAUUAAUUUAUCUGCCAGAGACGAGGUACCAUUAAAAAAGAAAAGAAAAAUAAUAUCAAGAAAAGCAAGGCGGCUUGUUUACCAAAACAGAAUGCAUGGACAGUUAAUGAAAAAAUUAUCGGGUAUUGAUAAAAAUUUGGCUGUUAUGGCAGCAGCCAUUACAGAUAUAAGUAAUAGUAUUAAGAGGGUUGUUGACCAUGUUACCAAAAAUGGAAAUAAUUAGAUUUGGUUUGAUUUUUUAGAAAUAUUUAUUUAGUUUUUUUUUUAUUUAAUUACAAUUAUGUAGCGGCAAACUUCAAGAUCAAUAGUAAUACUCAUCAAACAAAUGUAUAUGGCACAAUUUAAGAUAUGGGAGAGCAGAAAAAUCUUGUGUUGAUCAACGUAUUUUUGAUGAAGAUCACGGGUCAAAUGUUAAUAAUAAAUUAAUCAUCAAUCUUAAAAUUAAUUAAUCAGGCAAUUAGAUGCUUAUGAGAGCAUCAAAAUGAAUAAAUGUAAAGACAGUAUGAACCGAGAUAGUGGUCCUAUUCCUUCUAGUUCUCUGUUCCUAUUGCUCUAGUCUCGGUAAUUUGUAAAUAAUAAUUUAGUUAACUAUUCGACAAACAUAUAUUUUAUUUAAAUAUAAUAUUAAUUGAUUGAUUUUUUUACUACCUAUGUUAUGCUGUAGGUUAUAAUUUUCUAUUUCUAAGAUACUGUAUAUACUACAUUGCUGAAUACUGAAUUGAAAUAUAUUUUUGUGAUAG